GUUCUCCUCCCGCAUUACCAGAAGUUCCUUCAAAGCUCGGAGGCGAUGCCCGCCGAUUUCUACAUGCUGAUGAAUCUCCCUGCUUUGGCGCCAGACUUCCUCGACGCCUUCCGAGACUUCGUUGUAGACGUAGUCUCGGACGGGCCGCCUCCACCCAUUCGCACGCGUUGUUACUGCUUCGUCAGACACACACUCGAGACGGACAAGUCGAGGGCGGGGAAGCUGUCUGAGGCCGACGGCGAAUCGCGGGAGAGGUUUGCGAGACACAAUGCGGAAGGAGUGGUGCGUUUCUUCACCCUACAAUCCCCUGCCACCUCUACUAAUGCUGACGAGACUCUUGUGAGGGUGUAA